CGCGUAAUAAUAAUUUUCGACGUCGCCCCAUGUGUCAAGCACGACUCAGGAUUGAAAUGUAUAAGACGAAUGAAUUUUUUAAAAUAUUUAGCUACCUACCUCGAGAACGGCCCUCAAAAUAGCGCAGAUGAGGGGUUUUAACGACCUAUUACCGCGCAGGUUGGUGGUAUAGGCAGAAUCCCAUACAAGCCGUGAAAUUGAUCUGAUUACCUUGCCGGCGGGUCAUAAAAAGGAGUUCGGCUUGCUGAGGCUGGGUUUUCCCUCGUUAUUAGUUCCCUCCAUCUCCUCUUUGGUCGAUAUGUCUUGGAUAGAGCCGCCGUUAGAACGAAUAGGGUGCCAAAUUAAGGGCAUCACGCGCGCACUGGCACGGGCCAACAGCGCUAACGGUUGGCCCAUUUGCAGCGCGCGACACAGACCCCUCGCGCACCCUUCUCUAUUGAUACUGUUAAAAAGUUUUUUCUAUUUCCUAAAAAUACACAGAGCGGUUAGUCAGGCUGGAUUAAAUCUGGUAAUAUUUUUACAUAUUAUAACGUGACCUAAAAUGGAUAUAAAUCUAUCGCCGGCCUUGAAAUUCGCCCAUGCGUGACAGAGAUUGGCAGCAGCUAAUGUGGUUUCAUGUAUUUCGUUUCACUGUUGAGAUUUUGUUUUAGCCGUUAUGGGAGCUGUCAGACAGACUUUUGCUGCUGUAGAUUAACUCUCAACUCCAAUAUAAAAUCAGUCAAAUUCAACGCGUUUAUAACUUGGCACAGCCUUAUACUGUGUUAAAGCUCAAUUAAUUUAAAAAAAAAAAAAAAAAAAAAAAAAAAAAAAAGGAUGAAUAUUCCAGGCAGGUGGAUGUUUUGUUUCUGGUGGGGACAUACAGGCUAAGAGGUGAAAAGGGCCUGUAUGUUAAAUGAAAGAUUACAUCAGCGCGUCUGGCGAGAAGUGAUAGACGCAGAUAAGCAUCACGAGUCAGUCAAUUGGCAGACCGUUUUGUUUUUCUUUUUCUUUGGGAAGAUUGACACAAAAUAACACAAGUGCUACUUUUACCCUCGAAGAAAAAGGUGAUUUAUUCUUCGACUUGUUCUCAUUUUAAUCAUUCUAGGAAAGCCAGUUCUGUUUUGAAGUUUCACACUGUCAACAAGCAGAAUUUGACGCCCUCAUUUUGUUCUAAGAAACCGACUUUGUUCACAUGCACACACCAUGGCAGCCCUUUUAUUUUACUUGAAGAAGACCAUAAAGGUGACAAAUGAGUCACGGAAUAAGUCAUUUUAUAUAACACUCAGGCAACUUGCGGUGCUGUAACACUUUCAAAAUAUAGAAAUGUACAUUUAACUGGUAGUUGACUUCGACUCUUACAGGGAUUAGUGGUUUUAAUCAUGGGCUGCUCAUCUCCGUUGUCAUCUGGAAACACUUGCAAGAACAGAGCGGUUGUAUUUUUACCAUUUUAAUUUAAUAUUUAUUUUCUAUGUAUGUGUUUUUUGUUUUGUUUUUUUCUAUGAGCUGCGUUUUUGUUACGGAUUUAAUUAACUGUAAAUUAUUAAUAUAAAUCACAGGAAGUUGGAAAUAAUAUUUUUGAAAUUAACAAAAUUGAGAUUAUGGCCUGGAUUUAAAAAAAAAAAAAAAAGAAAAGAAACAUGGCCAUGAUUAAAUAGUAAACACACACGUGCACAUGCGCAAAUAGCACACACUAUUUUUACAGUUAUGAUUUAAAUAGGCAUUUAUUUUUCUUCAGAAUAGUAGGUUAAUAUUUACUAGUAUUGGUGAUGUAACCUAUUUAUUUUGGUUUUAUUUACUGAACUCUGAUUAAUCAGUUGACGGAAGGAAAUUAUUAUUUGUGAUGAAAAACAAUGAUUGUAAUUGCUGAAGAGGCCAUAGUCUAUAAAUAGGCAGCACAGGAACAAAAUAAACACACAAAGACCUUAUCGUAAAUAUUUCAGCCCCCACGCUGGCAAUGGAAUAAUCCAGUCAUGUCUUAAAUCAUCAACCUCAACACAGACAAAUGGUGCCAUUUAUGAUUUUAAUCAGAGGUGAAUCACUUGUAAAUGAUCUGUCAUCAGAAGUCGGACUGGCCUUUAGCCUACUUUUAUGAAUCAACCUUUACGCACAACAGCACUUCUAUUUGUAGGCCAUUAGCUUUAAAAGUAGACUAAUACAGUUUUAGACUCUCACACACUGGCAGGAAAAAAUAGAGCUGCAUCCACCAUUUCUUCCUCCGUGGCGACAGUUUGGGAUUAUAAAUGACAACUUUUUAAGAGAGCCAGUCUUACUGCGUGCUGAAUAAGCUCUGUCGUUAUUGACACCAAGGCUUGGGAAUCAAGUCAUGGGAUGGCUUCCAUGUCCCAUUCUCUAAGCUUCGAUACAUCCCAGUCAAGAAACAAAAAAACAUAAUCGGGAUUUUAGGCUACAUUUACCGUCAUGUGUUGCCUCCGAGCACCUAUAACGGGUACUUUGUGGAUAAUGGCUCCGCGAUACUUUUCAAGAGGAUAAUUACACGAGUCCGCUGACAGCUUGACAAUGGCAGCUACAUCAGUUUGCAUCCAAGUUCAGUCUCAGGUUUGCCUGAGUGAGAAAUGCUCCCUCUUUCUGUCUCUCUCCAGGUAGGCUAUCCUGGAGAGGAAAAAUACGACGCUUUGCCAAGUCUCUCUCAGACUGUGCUCCCACGCGCCCGGCUGAGAACAACCGCAAUAUCAAAAGAGGGGAAAGAAAUUGGGGACGUGGACUAACUAAUUGAGUUAUCACCUUAAACGUGCGGCCUCACAGGGUCACUCGUUUAAUAAUUCAUGUUUCUAAAAUAUAACCUUUAUCUAAAUUAUUAGGCUACUAUUGAUCCCUUAAUUUCAUGCUCAAGAGCUACGCGUUUGUGUGUAGCCAAUGAAUUCCCCAGUAAAUCCGCCCUACCUGCUAUUAGGCUAUCACAGGAUAGUGCUGAUACCUACGUGGUGCAAAGGCGUGCGCGCUCCCGCUGCCUACCCGCUGCGUCUGCGAGAGAGUUCAUUUCCUGACUUUUUUUUUUUUUUUUUAAACACCGUGGUGACGUCACAUCCAGUGGCGUCGCCGAGGCUGCCCCCACCCCGUACACAUCCCUUACUCUACUAUUACACACUGCCUAUCUGAGACUAUAUGGACAAUCCAAACCGGGAUUUUGACAUAAAAUACUUCCCCAAGGAGCGGCUCCAUUUCAGAGGUGGAAUACCGCUGAAGACGCACAGCAUCAUACCUGCAUGACGCAGAACACACACACGCGCGCACACACACACACACACACACACACACACACACACACACACACACACACGUAGCCUACUGUAUCUCUUCUUUAAAUUAUAGUUGCUCAUGUGUUAAACUUGGGAAAAAGAUGAAAGAUGGAAAAUACGAUCGCUCCCUCUGCGUACUAUCGUGUUACAUUUAAUGCACUGUUUUGAAUAAAUAAUGACAUGAGCCAUUGUUGCUUGUCUGUAUGAGUUGGUGCAGUGGGUUAUUGCAAAAAAAAAAAACAAAAAAAAAAAACCUUACGUUAACCGAGAAACAGUAAAAGCUUAUAUUAGGUUUUUUCUUUCUUUUUUUGAGACUAUAAACUCAGUCUUCCAGGCGUCCUUGUCCGUGCCUGCUUCACGGUAAGGAAAUCGGCUCAAUUUGGAUCUGCCAUUAGAAUAAUGUGCCUGUCACCGCGAGAGGACGCACUGUCACAAUUUUAAGAGCGUAAAUGUCCCGCAACCUGCCUUUGGCCCAAAGCAACAGGCUCUGCUGCAGCUUUCUGUCUCUCCCACUUCGGCUGUGCACAGAUGAACUACAGAAGAUAGGUCGAAUAAAACAAUGAGGGCUACUUAAUUUUGUUAACCUCUGUAGUGCAACACAUCCAUUUAGACAAAAAAGUCUUACAUUGUUUUCAUUUAAUUUAGAGUUACUUUAAUUGAAAUAAAUGUUGAAUUAAAAAAUAACAACAGAGAAUCUUUACUAUUUAGAUGGUGAGAUUUAACGCAUUUCUUAACAAUUUAAAUGAUGACCUAUAAUAACUUUGAAACAGUGUUACACACUCCAAAUGAUACUUUGCAUUUCUAGUGAGUAUAAUUUUAUUUGUUUAACUUGAAAUAAAUAUCCUUAUUUGUAAAAUAUUUUAUUUGGCAAGGUCACUGAAUGAAAAAUCUUGUGCUUCUCUCCUGGCCCACGUUAUAUUCAAUUAGAGUAGGCCCCUCCCCUUAACUGAUGACACUGACAGACCCUCCUUAAGUUGCGUCGCGCCACAGCUGUCUGCAAGCAUUGAGCUGCCUGGCGCCAUCCUGAAAGAAUGCCUUCACUGUAAAAAAAAAAAAAAAAAAAAAAAAAAAGGGGGCUGGAGAGAGAGAGAGAGACAGAGAGAGGGAGAGGUAGAGCAAGGGCGAGCGAGCAAGAGCCACAGAGACCGAGAGGGAGAGAGAGAGAGAGGAGCGGAGUUAAUGGAGAGAGCUACAACUGCGCACAAACACAGAUUUGAUCAGUGAGUUUAACUUGCUGGUGCUGGUCAGUGUGCAGUGAAGCCACCCACUGCAAACAAACCCUGCGCCCGCACUCACCUCCACUACUUGUUGAGCUGGGUUGAAACAGACAUUUUUAAAGAGGAAGAAGUUCAGGAACACUGCGUGGGACCGGAUUCCAUUUUGGACGUAUAUAAAUGACAACACGUUUGUUGCAUUUGUAAUGUGGGGUAUGUUUCGUGUUUAAAUAUCUUGCUUAAAAAAAAACGGGAAAAUUGACUUUUACCGUGGGCCUCCUGUGUGUUUCAGCCGUGCUGCAUGUGAACAGUUAAAGAAAAUAAGACAAUAAAUUCCUCUCUCUGUCUUCAGGUGACUGGAAGCAAGCGCGGAACCUGUGGAUUUAACAAAAAACGGAUUUGGGACAGUUUAUUUCUUAUCUUGUGACUUGUAUCUGUUUUGCUUCGGCGUGCAUGAACAUUUGCUGAAGAAAAAAGCAAAGCAAUGGAAGUAAGUGCGGACCAGCCACGAUGGAUGAGCCAUCAUCCCGCGGUGUUAAACGAGCAGCAUCCCGGCUCACAUCACCCGGGCCUCGGCCACUCAUACAUGGACCCUUCGCAGUAUCCUCUCGCUGACGAUGUGGAUGUACUCUUUAAUAUCGAUGGACAGGGGAACCACGUCUCUCCAUACUAUGGAAACUCAGUCCGAGCCGUCCAGAGGUACCCUCCUCCUCCACACAGUAGCCAGGUGUGCCGUCCCUCAUUACUGCACGGCUCUCUGCCCUGGCUGGAGGGGAGCAAAGGGAUCGCCCCGCACCACAGCACUUCUCCCUGGAACCUGAGCCCCUUCCCCAAGAACCCCCUGCACCACGGCUCCCCGGCCAGCCUGUCCGUCUACCCCCCGGCCUCCUCCUCCUCCCUGUCCACCGGUCAUUCCAGUCCACACCUUUUUACGUUUCCCCCGACCCCUCCGAAAGACGUAUCCCCGGACCCAGGCAUGUCCACCCCGGGCUCCAGCAGCUCCGGGCGGCAGGAGGAUAAAGAGUGCAUAAAGUACCAGGUGACCCUGGCCGAGAGUAUGAAACUGGAGUCAGCUCACAGCCGGAGCGUGGGAUCAAUCGGAGCAGGGUCUUCCUCUGCCCACCACCCCAUCGCUACAUACCCACCCUAUGUCCCUGAAUACGGCCCAGGCCUCUUCCCACCAAGUAGCCUGAUAGGUGGGUCAUCUUCUAGUUAUGGUUCCAAAACAAGACCAAAAACAAGGUCCUGUUCAGAGGGUAGGGAGUGUGUGAACUGCGGGGCCACGUCGACUCCGCUGUGGAGGCGGGAUGGUACGGGUCACUAUCUGUGUAACGCCUGCGGACUCUAUCACAAGAUGAACGGGCAGAAUCGCCCUCUGAUCAAACCCAAGCGGCGGCUGGUACGUUUCUACCACAUUUCUCUAUUGAUGACAUUUCCGUCUCUCUCUCUGUUUUUCCCCUAUCCAGGAAGAAGUAGGCCUAUUAGCUGCAGGAAAUUGACUCGACAAGUGCAGUCCGCGGCCAGGCGGGCAGGGACAUCAUGUGCAAACUGUCAAACGACAACGACGACGCUGUGGCGGAGAAACGCCAACGGGGACCCGGUGUGUAACGCCUGCGGCCUCUACUUUAAACUGCACAAUAUCAACCGACCUCUGACCAUGAAGAAGGAAGGCAUCCAGACCAGGAACAGGAAGAUGUCCAGCAAGUCCAAGAAGAGCAAAAAGUCCCAAGACAACAUGGAUGAUUUCUCCAAGAGCCUGAUGGACAAGAGCAGCUCCUUCAGCCCGGCCGCCCUGUCCCGCCACAUGUCCUCCUUCCCUCCUUUCUCACACUCCAGCCACAUGUUGACCACCCCCACACCCAUGCACCCCUCCUCAAGCCUCCAGUUCGCCCCCCACCACUCCAGUAUGGUCACAGCCAUGGGUUAGACCUUCCCAUGUAGCGGGGCCGCCCCUGAACCCUCGGCCUCGUCACCACCACACCCCACGGUACCUCUGCUGACCUGCUUCCUUAUCCCAAAAGACAAAUAAACCGCUCCUUGGCCCGACCUACGCUCCCCUGUCUCACCACCUCGCUGCGGUGUGAGAACGACAGGCUUUAGACUCCUUUGUCCUCAGUUGUAUCUUAUUUUUAUAAAAUCACAGUGUACCUCUGCGAUGUGAAUGCUUUGCAGACUUGACUUGACUGGGGCACACUGACCUCGGAGGGGAUUUUGUUUGUCCCCCAACCAGGGAGAGAAAGAGCAUUUUCUCUCCAAGUUGCCACCACCACCACCACAAAGACGCUGUCCUCCCAGCUGAUCCACAUGAUAAGGAGCUCCAUUUGUGUACAAAAAGCCAUUUUCCACACACAGACAUCACAAAAGCAGACAUUAAAAACUUUUAUGACGCCCCUCCCUUAAUUUCCCAUUCAGCCUCUCCGCAUCUUGCGCCUGUAUAACAGGAAUCCCACUCCCUUCCUUCUGCUGAUGAAGAUGAGGAGAGACAGACAUUGAAUAUAUUUGUACAAAUUGUAUGAAAUACAGUACAUUUAAUGAAGACUUUUUAAUUAAGUAAAAAAAAAAACGGAAACUUGCCCCUGGGCAGCUAAUGAUGAGAAGGGUACGAGUCGCAGCAGGUGGAGAGACUUUGCCGCCAGAGGAGAGAGGACAGGACACCUCCGAGACCCGGAGGAAAGAAAAGGGAGGAGGUGAGAAGAGGAGAAAGGGCAGGCCUCAGCUUUUGCCUGCGAGAAUUGUGUUGCAUUAAGUUUGUAGAGAGUCGGCGGAUCUGACUGCAGGCGUCUCUCUUCUGUUUUUUUUUUUUUUUUCUUUUGGAUGUGCUAUAGGUCUCGGGCUAUUGGUUUGUGUUGACACGCACACGUAUACACACUUACACGCACACACACAUGCACACACACAUUUGAUCACCUGAAAGACUUUCUUCCUGCCCACAGAUUAUAUGCAUUGUGAAAAAAGUUCCUGUAUUUGUUAUUUGUAUGUAUAAAUCAGAGUACCAAAAAUACGAAAGAAACAAAGAUGUAGAAUUAUUUCUUUAUGUUAUGCAGACUGAAUGGUUGUAAAAAUUUAAUAAUAAUCACUAGUGUAAAAUAUGACUGCCUUUUGUUUCGUAAUUUCUUUUCCUCUUUGAAAAUAAUAAACUAGUUUAAUCUCUGUUGACAUGUUA